AUGUUUAGAAAAGUAAAUUUCGGAGUGCCGCAAUUCUACCCUCGUGACUUGAAACGGCGUGUGGACGAAUACGUCGUGGGCCAGGACCGUGCUAAAAAGACAAUCUGCUCUGCCAUCUUCAACCACUACCAGAAUCUCAGGAGGAGGCGUCAGCACGAGCAAGAGGACAAGGAGAAGCAUGAGAAACUCAUGCGCCAACGGUUCGCACGUGAUAGAGAGCUGUCCCAAAGGCGAUGGGAUGCUCUCCCUCUCGAAGGUAAGUUCACUAUUCACAGAGACAUCAAGAUCCAUGCCGGUAACACGGUCUAUCAAGACGAAGUUUCUGGACAAAGUUCCUUGGGCCGCCAGGCAUCUGAGCUCGCGUCCGAAGCAAGCUUUAAUGCUCCGAUUUUCAAGCCCGAGGAGCCGGCUGUUGCCGAGCACAUCAAGAUUGACAAGAGCAAUAUCCUUGUGAUUGGGCCGACUGGUGUUGGCAAGACGUAUAUCUUAGAAACUCUGAGCAAGAAGAUACAAGUACCGCUCACCAUCUGCGACUGUAACUCCCUAACCCAAGCAGGCUACAUUGGACAAGACGUGGAAUCCUGCAUCGAAAGGCUACUUAUAGAAGCAAACUAUGAUGUCAAGGCGGCAGAGCACGGCGUGGUGGUUCUAGACGAGUUUGACAAACUAGCAAGACGAGAGACAGCAACGGGUCGGGACGUCAGUGGCGAAGGUGUUCAACAGGCCUUGCUCAAACUCGUUGAGGGAACAAAGGUCACCAUCAACGUCAAGGACAAUCGUUCUUCUCGUGCGGCUACACCCAUUCCCACCAAUUACACUGCAUCCGGUGCCCCGACAACAUCAAUGCCAGUUAGCAGUCCGCCGGGUAAAGUGGACCAGUACACCGUCGACACCACCAACAUUCUCUUCGUCUUCUGCGGCGCUUUCGUGGGGCUGGAUAAGAUCAUUCUUCGGCGGGUCUCAAAGCCGGCCAUGGGGUUUGGAGGAGAUGUUCAAAGUCGACAAGCCGGGACGGGAAACAAUUACAACCUGCCACCUGAAACAUACGCCCACCUAGCACACUACAGCGAACAGUCUGCACCAAGUUUCACUCCAAUUGACUUGGUAGUAUCCGAGGACCUCCAGCGGUUCGGCUUUAUUCCUGAGAUUAUAGGCCGACUGCACAACAUCUGCGCUCUCAGUCCCUUGUCCAAGGAAGACCUCUAUCGAAUUCUCACCGAGCCACGCAAUAGCCUGGUGGCUCAGUAUACUGCGCUGUUUGAGACAUACCCGUCCCAGCUGUACUUUACGGAAAAAGCACUAAGCGCCAUUGCCGAACGGGCACUCGCAGCCGAAACGGGGGCACGAGGACUGAAGAUGGAGAUGGAGCGCGUUUUGGCUGAACCAAUGUUUGACGCCCCGACGCCAUACGUCCUCAUCACUGAAGCCUGCGUCAACGGGCAUGAAAAAGCACCGUACUGGGGGAAAGAUGGACGUCUUGAGCUUAUCCGGAGGCUAGAAGAAGAGCAAUUCAACCCACACAACUCACAGCACUCACUAGAGGAACUGGGGCAGGUAGACGAAGGUAGAGGAUGA